CACGUGCCUGUGUCCUCCAAUGUGCGCUCAGGCAGCGGGCUCAGGAGGGACUGGGAGUUGGGAAUCAGCCUCAUUUCUCAGACCAGGGUCAGCUCCACUGUCACUGCUGAGCUGUGUGGUUGUGAUGCUGGGCAGCGGGGGGAAAGGCCUCGGGAUCAUGUCACUGGACUCUGCCGGGAGGAUACAGCGCCGAGUGUCUGGGAUAUAAGUCAGGUGCCAACAUGAUUCGUCUUUACUUUCUCUGUGUCUUCUCUACAGUCUUCAUUGCACAAGGUGGAGCUUCAGUCAAUCUGUGUGCCCAUAUCAUUCCCCAGUUACCUGUCGUGAAGCUUCACACCAACUUCACAGCUUUCUGCAUUCUGAACCAGACCUGUUUUCAGGAGCACAACUACAAGGCCAGUAGUGAUGAACUGUACUGGGAAGUCUACACUCAUAGAAUUCCAGAGAGCCAGUAUACAGUUAUAAAUGAGACUGUCUCUAGUGUGACGUUCGAGCCUACCCUCGAUAUGGGCACUACCCUCACAUGCAGCAUUAAUGUUCAUGGACAGAUUAAAACCACUCUUCACGGAAUCUUUAUCACCUUGGGCUUACCUCCAGAAAAGCCUAGCAACCUGUCCUGUAUUUGUUAUAACCUAGAGAAGUUGACCUGUACAUGGAACCCGGGGAGACCAACUAUAAUAGCCACGCAAUACACUGUAAAACAAACAUGGAACAUAUUGGACGAGGCCAAUAGCCCCACAUUGAUGCAAAGCAACAUAACUAGCUACCCUGCUUCUAGGGCAAAAGGGAGGACCCUUUCCAAAUAUGAGUAUUCCAAAACCCAGAGACCAAGGAGAAAUAAUCAACCACAGAAGGACUGUGAGGCUAAAGAAACCAACCAUUCCUGCACAUUAACAUAUCCGGACUUCCAGUACUACAUUGACACUAAUUUCUCAGUGGAAGCCAAGAAUGAUCUUUGCACCGUUGAAUCAGACCGGAUAACAACAGAUGUUAUUGAUAUACUUAUGCCCAAUCCUCCGGAAAUUGUGCGAGUGGUAUCUGCUGCAGAGCUACAAAAGGCUUUAAAAAUUGAGUGGAAAAAUCCAAUGACGUACAACUUGCCUUUAAAAUAUAACCUGCGUUAUCGGACCAGCGACAGCACAGAAUGGGAAGAGGUUCCGUCAAGUGACAUAAACUCCCUCAGAACUUCCUACACACUGCAAGGUCUGCAGCCAUACACAGCUUAUGUCAUUUCUCUUCGCUGUAAGCAAAAGGAAGAUACUGGCUUCUGGAGUAAUUGGAGUAAGGAGUAUACUGCCACCACACCGGAAUCUACACCAUCCCGUGGUCCAGAACUUUGGAGAAAGAUCAGUGAUGAAGACGAAGAAGGGAAGAGGGUUGUUUGGUUGAUGUGGAAGGUUUUACCGUCAUACGCUAAUGGCAUAAUACUGACAUACAAUGUUAGCAUUAAGAAAGGCUCAAAGACAGUUGACUCUGUCAUUGUAAGUGGCACAAGCUAUAAUAUUACAGUCUCCAGAUCCUCUUUACAAGUCUCAGUCACCGCCUCUAACAGUUACGGUACCUCUACUGCAACUACUUUGAUUAUUCCAGCUGCAAAUCUUGCAGUUCCGCAGCCGGCAGAAAUUGAUGUUAAGGCAUUUCCCAAGGAUGGGAAGCUUUGGGUUGAAUGGAGUGCCCCAAGAACACCUGUAAUCGGUUAUGUGAUUGAGUGGUGUAGUAAUACUAUAGUAAUGGACUGCGACUUUCAAUGGCAGCGGGAGCAAAUUUCUACACUGGGAGCAUUUCUUAGAGGUGACCUGCAACCGUAUACAUACUAUCUGAUCCAAGUUCAUCCUUUAUAUAAUGAUGGUCAGGAAAGGCCGGGACGCGUGGCGGCAUAUCUUGAACAGAAACCACCCGCAGUUGGACCUACUGUUUAUUCAAAGCCGGUGGAGAAGACCAGAGCUGUCCUGCAGUGGGAUCCACUUCCUCUGGAGAAGCGCAAUGGCUUCAUCAGAUAUUAUAUUGUGAAAUAUUCAGCUGUGAAUGGUGCAGAACACAGUAUCCUAGUCAAUGCGACACAAACAUCGUAUACCCUCACUAACUUACUUGGUAAGACAGUGUACAGAGUCUCUGUAACGGCACACAAUGAUAAAGGAGGCACGGAGGGGAUGUCCAGCACUUUCGUAACCCAUGAGUUGGACACAGGAGAGAUUGAGGCCAUCGUGGUGUCCUCGUGUCUCGGUUUCUUACUCUUCCUGCUAUUUGGUGGCCUCUUGUUUUGCAAAAAGAGAGACAUGAUUAAGAAGCACAUUUGGCCGAACGUUCCAGAUCCCUCGAAAAGUAACAUUGCCCAGUGGUCCCCUCACACACCGAGCAGGCAUGACUCAAAAAGCCAACCAUUUCAAGAUGAUAGUUUUACUGAUGUCAGCGUGGUAGAGAUCACUGCUACUAAGAAGUCCAACAGUGAACAAGACCUAAAGUCUAUGGACCUAAUGAAACAGAAUACCUCGGAGGGCCUGAGCAGUGGCAUUGGUGGCUCGUCCUGCAUGUCACAGCAGCUGAGCCUUUCUGAAAGAGAUGAAGUAGAAUCUGCACAGAACACUUCCAGCAAUGUGCAGUAUUCUACAGUGAUUAUCAGUGGAUACAGAGGCCAGCAGCCAACUGCUGUGGUUCCACCAGUCUUUUCCAGGUCCGAAUCAACCCAGCCUCUGCUCGAUUCUGAGGAGAAACCUGAUGAGGUGGAAGCCUUAGAAGUCAGUCCCUCAGCCACACCCAACCAGUAUUUUAAACAGAACUGUUGUCCGGAGGAUGGAGGCAGACCUCAGACCUUGCCACCGGAGAAUCCUCCUACACAGGAGCAGUUAGCGCAGAACCAGCACCUGUCUGGUCUAAGUCAGGAAGGUGACCUUCAGGAUUGUAAUGCUGUACAAGACAUAGGUUCUGAAAGUCGACCGACAACUUCACAGAUGGACUUGGCAAGCAAUGACAUGAAAAGCUAUUUACCACAAACUGCUAGGCGAGGAGGCUAUUUGCCCCAGUAGAUAGUGUUGCCAAUUUUUGGACUAUUGACUUUUAUUUUGUUUGGGGGUUUUUUGUUCAUUUUGUGCGUUAUUGCUAAGGUCAUGCAGUUUGACUGGAGACCAAUCCAGGGCAUGAAGUAUAACUGGUUCAACUUUACAUCGACUAAUACCAAAGAUAUAAAUGCCUUAGAUUCCAUUUGCUUCCAAUACAGCAUGAUCGAUACAAUAUCAAACAAAAGAUGUGCAUCAUAUUCAAAAGGUAUACGAACAAAUAUUAUUGUGCAUUGUACCAUUUAAAUCCGUAUUCACAGAACAUUCAAUUUUAAUUUUUAAGUAUCCAAAUCUAAUCUUAAAGUUCUUAUUUGAAAUGUAUAGUACAUUGAUUCUGAGAAAUAGGAAGGCUAGUGAUUAUCUGAUACUACGGCAAAAUAUAGAUGAUUUGGCUAUAUUUUAUAUGCACGUUUUAAAAAAUACUGUCCUCUUCUAGCAACUUUUACAUAGUAUAUAUUCAUAUUGUGGAACUUAUAAAGACGAAAAACAGAUGCAUGUGUUGUCGUCUAUAAUGCCAAAGUGUCAUUUGUAACUCAACGCCCCCACACAUCAGAACGCAAAUGUCUAGAUGUAUGCCACUACAUGGUGACAUAGACAGAACUUGCUGGUCUGCUUUUCUGCCAUAUGUGCCGCCUUUGAGUGAAUGCCCUCAAUAAAAGGAAUUGGCAUACUUAGGCUUUCAAUACUGUAAUACAACUUCAGUAAUAUUUGUGCAUUUGUUUUUAAAUGAACUGUACAUUUUUGCUCCUAGUAUAUACAAUGUAUAUUCCGCCAUAGUACGUAGCAUUACAAAGUCAAACUGCAAUAAAUUAAAGGUUUGUAUUAGAGUGACAUUUCAAAGACAAUGUAAUAUACUGUUUAUACCUUGUUUUAAUAGGAUUUAAUAUUGUAAUUUAUAAGUGAUGUCCCGUUAUAUUAAGUAAAGCUGAUGCCAUCAUAUUGUAGCCCAGUAGAGCGCACUGGUCUACUGAGGUUACAUUAGAGCUAGGAAUUGGCUGGUGGCUUGAUUCCUGUGUAGGCAUCUGUAGCAACUCACACCUGAAAACGAUAUCUCGACGGAUACAUUUUUUUCAUAUAGUAAUCUGAAUUAAUUUGUACAGUGCAUAACAGCUAAAAAAGCCAGCCAUUAAGACUUUGUAACAGAAUAAAAUGACUACAUACAGUCUUUUGGAACCAUUGGAAGUAGCGAUAUAAUGUAAAAUUAGCACCCUAGAUAAAAAAUUAAAAAAAACAGCAAGUGAUGCCACAAUAUAACUAAUAUAGUAUAGCAAAAGGCUGGGUUUUUUGGGGUUUUUUUUGUGAGCCGAGUAAUAUAUAGUACAUUGGACUGGACUGUAUAUUUAUAACUUAAUAGGUCCACCACAGCUGUAACAGGGCUCAAUUUUGUGCUGUGCCGAACCUCACCCUGAGCGCCCACUGUUCUUAUGGUGUGCAGCACCUGUAAGUGCACUGCUGUCUGGAGCUUUCUGAGAGCACUUCAGUCUGCUGUACAGGCUGCCCGUCUGGAAUGUCUGAAGGUCACUCCAGCGGCACUGAAGCAAUGAUCCUGGCUGCAUGGUGUCUUUCCAGGUACCCUUCUAGGCAGAAGUAAGGGCCCGGCAGCAGCGGUUGCACACCUCUAGUUAUGGCUCUGAGGUCAACCAUGUUCUUUUUAAUCCCUCUGCAGCAGUUUGCCAUAUUAAGACUUGCUGUGUAGAAACACGUUGCGAUUGGUUGAUACAAACACUGGUGCAGGACUAGUGAUGUCACAAUAUGGGCCAAUUCCAUUGGUAACCUUGUGGCUAUGUUUCUGCACACAAAUACCACAAAUACCGUAAUGAAAUAGGUCUCCUUAUUUCACACACCACCUAUGAGGUGCAACCGAAAUGAGCGAAGAUUAUUACCUAGAACAUUGUGCUCUAACAUGUAGAUGUGUCCACAUACAUCUUUGCUAUAUCCCGCCAUGUAUGGCAUGGUUUUGCAUGCCAUAGACUCAGAGAUUUAGCCAUGCCUUGUGAUUUUUCUUAAUUUGCUUCUUUAAUAUGUUACUUUAUACAUAUUCUAUUAUGGCAAACAAAAAUGUUAUAAUCCAUCCACUCGCUACUCGUGAAAAACAGCUUAUAUGUGUUUUGCAUAUUGUGCUACAUUGAGCAAAAUAGCAAAGAUGUUAGUGGACACACCUGUACAUGCAUGGUUAAUAUGGAACUUUGCCACUAAUUGAAUUUGAGAUUCCAUUGUGGCACUGCCCUGACUAAUAUGAGGCCUGAGUCAUAGUUUGACGCUAUUCUGAUGAUCACACAGUUGAGCGAUUAGCGGUGGCCAUACAAUCACUCAGGGAGUCUGUUUGCAUAAUCUGAUGCUGUGUAUGUUUACGCAGUUGCAGAGUGCUGUGAGACUGCUCCGAUGGGCAUCUUAAUAAAAGUUCUGGCGGCUGCUGUAUUAGCAUAUUGUAGCACAUCCGCAACCAUGAAAAUCGCAGCUGCGGCAGCAAUAAGAAGCAACUAUAAAUCGGGCCCAUAGUACAAGCUUCCACUGUCUAGUGUGGAGUGGGUGAGGUAACUUUUACUUUUUAAUAAAACUAGAGCAUAAUGUCUGGGUAGCACUGAACAGUGUAUUUUCCUCCUUAGUUAUCUCUGAACAUUUCCAUAUUCUGUUUUAUUGGUCCUUUAAAUAUUUGAUUUGAUAACUCUCAGUGUUUUAACGGUAUUAAUAUAAAUACAUGUAAAUGUGUAUCUUAAUGUGAUGUUACAGCAGUGUUAACAUAAUCUAUAAAUUUAUUGUAAAAAAAAUCUGAAGUAAAUUUGAAAUAUACAAACCAAAAUAAAUAAAUAAAACCACA